AAAGAAUUUUCAAAUAAAACCGACUGCAUUCAAUUAAAACCAAAAAUACGCAAACUGUGCUGAAACUGACAUUGAAGAUAAAUAUUCAACUAAAAAGCCUACCAAGUAGCCGAAACGCCAGUAAGUUGAGUGAAAAAUUGGACUUUUCUCAGUCACUGCAUACUUACACAAUAUCAGCCAUAGAUCCAGUCUUCAAUAGGAUGGAGAAAAGUAUAAAGGCGAUGCACACGAGACUAAUGAAGGAGAUCUUGGCAAGCUUGGCGACGUCUCUGUACAGGCAUAGAGGAAUCGAAAUGAAAAGGGUUGCAAUCAGAACAACAACGUCCCUUUGGGCUAAUGCCGAUUCCGGGCUGAUUCCGAAGAGUCUGAUGAUAACUUUUGUCACGAUAAGACAAAAAAUAUGUUCCAUUGUCUCAUUCUUACAUGAGUAA